UGCGGAGUUGGGCGGUGCCGAAGAGGACGAGGUGGCGGCUGGGUCUGACGCAGCCCGGUUCGUGGGGGUCCACUUGCUUGUUUAUUUAUUUAUUUCUCGCGUGUGCUUCCGAGUGCGCGCGCUUCACUGCUUGGGGAGGGGGUGGGGGGAGGGCCCGGGGACGAGGGGAGCUGGAACCGGGGUCGAAACGGCGCGUGACUUGUAGGUGAGGGAACGCCGAGCGGUCGCCGCAGCCGCCGCCGCCGAGAAGCCCUUGUUCCGGCUGCCGGGAAGGAGCGUCUGGUGCCGACAAGAUGGCGGACGGGGAGCUGAACGUGGACAGCCUCAUCACCCGACUGCUGGAGGUACGAGGAUGUCGUCCAGGAAAGAUUGUGCAGAUGACUGAAGCAGAAGUUCGGGGCUUAUGUAUCAAGUCUCGAGAGAUCUUUCUCAGCCAGCCUAUUCUUUUGGAAUUAGAAGCACCGCUGAAAAUUUGUGGAGAUAUUCAUGGACAGUAUACAGAUUUACUGCGACUAUUUGAAUAUGGAGGCUUUCCACCAGAAGCCAACUAUCUUUUCUUAGGAGAUUACGUGGACAGAGGAAAGCAGUCUUUGGAAACCAUUUGUUUGCUAUUGGCUUAUAAAAUCAAAUAUCCAGAGAACUUCUUUCUCUUAAGAGGAAACCAUGAGUGUGCUAGCAUCAAUCGCAUUUAUGGAUUCUAUGAUGAAUGCAAACGAAGGUUUAAUAUUAAAUUGUGGAAGACCUUCACUGAUUGUUUCAACUGUCUGCCUAUAGCUGCCAUUGUGGAUGAGAAGAUCUUCUGUUGUCAUGGAGGACUAUCACCAGACCUACAGUCUAUGGAGCAGAUUCGGAGAAUUAUGAGACCCACUGAUGUCCCUGAUACAGGUUUGCUCUGUGAUUUGCUGUGGUCUGACCCAGAUAAGGAUGUGCAAGGCUGGGGAGAAAACGAUCGUGGUGUUUCCUUCACUUUUGGAGCUGAUGUAGUCAGUAAAUUUCUAAAUCGUCACGAUUUAGACUUGAUUUGUCGAGCUCAUCAGGUGGUAGAAGAUGGAUAUGAAUUUUUUGCUAAACGACAAUUGGUAACCCUAUUUUCAGCCCCAAAUUACUGUGGUGAAUUUGAUAAUGCUGGUGGAAUGAUGAGUGUGGAUGAAACUUUGAUGUGUUCAUUUCAGAUAUUAAAACCAUCUGAAAAGAAAGCUAAGUACCAGUAUGGUGGACUGAAUUCAGGACGUCCCGUCACUCCACCUCGAACAGCUAAUCCACCGAAGAAAAGGUGAAGAAAGGAACUGUGUAAAGAAACCAUCAGAUUUGUUAAGGACAUACUUCAUAAUAUAUAAGUGUGCACUGUAAAACCAUCCAGCCAUUUGACACCCUUUAUGAUGUCACACCUUUAACUUAAGGAGACGGGUAAAGGAUCAUAAAUUUUUUUCUAAUAGAAAGAUGUGCUACACUGUAUUGUAAUAAGUAUACUCUGUUAUAAUAUUCAACAAAGUUAAAUCCAAAUUCAGAAUUACCCAUUAAAGUUACAUCUUCACUUAUCACAGUUUUUAAAGUUGAAAAUUCAGCAUCCCAAUUAAACUAGAUGUAAUAGUUAAACCAGAUGAAAGCAUGAUGAUCCAUCUGUGUAAUGUGGUUUUAGUGUUGCUUGGUUGUUUAAUUAUUUUGGGCUUGUUUUGUUUGUUUGUUUUUGCUAGAAUAAUGGCAAAUAUUUUAACCAUGUUUCUCUAAACAUUUUUAAAAGUGAAAUAUGGGACAAGCUUUAAAGACAUUCACCAACUAUUAUUUUCUUUGGCUUUUUUACUUAUGUACCUGUUUGAUCUUACUAAGAAAACUUAUGCCUCAUUACCAUAAAAAGGAAUUUUAGAGGUUGAUAUUUUAAAAAGUAUGCAAACUGUCCAAUCCAGUGAUUUAAUCAAACAGUUUGGGCAAACUUUACAGCUGAUAGUGAAUAUUUUGCUUCAUACAAAAAUUGCCACAGAUUUGGAUUUGUGCACUCUAAUUUUUAACUGAUUGAUGCUCUAUUGUGCAGUAGCAUUUCAUUUAAUUUUAAGAUAAGGCUCAUAUAGUAUUACCGAACUAGUUGGUAAUGUGGUUAUGUGGUACCUUGGUUUUAGGUUUUAAUUUGCACGAAACACCUUUUUUUGGCAUGCUUAACUUUCUGGUAACACUCUCACCUGCAUCAGUUUUGUUUUUGGGUUUUUGUUGUUGUCGUUGUUUUUUGUUUUUGUUUUUAGGUCCACAAAACAUGAGAAUCCUUUUUUGACAAGCCUUGGAAAGCUGACACUAUCUCUUUUUCCCUCUGUGUGUAGGAAGGACAUAUUUAAAUGAAUGAUGGUCAUUGGGACAUUCUGUCAACUAUGGGUAUUGGGUGCUUAACUGUCUAAUAUUGCCAUGUGAAUGUUGUAUACGAUUGUAAGGCUUAUGUCACUAAAGAUUUUUAUUCUGAUUUUUCAUGAUCAAAGUUCAUAUGAUAUUGUAUAAACAUGCUUUGUAGUGAACUAUAGUAGCAAUAAUUUCUGUACAUGAUCAAGGAUUUUUUGCAUUAUUUUUCCUGUUCUCUCUCUCUCUUUUAAGGGUUAGUAUUAACAAAUGGCAAGAGUAGAAAAGUGAACAUAAAGAUUUUAUAAGGAGAACUUAGAGGACACAGAUUUGUGAUUUUUGGAUGCGAUACUUUCGGAUGUGAUUCUAAAAGCUUUUAUUGAGCAUUGUCAAAUUUGUAAGCUUCAUAGAGAUGGACAUCAUAUUUAUAAUGCCCUUCUAUAUGUGCUACCAUAGAUGUGAAAUUCUUGACCUUAAUAUUGUCUUUAAAAAUGUUAAAUUGAGAAUUCUGUUAACUUACAUUUUAUGAAUUGGUGUAUUGUAUUACUGCAAGAGAUUUGAUUUUCAGCACAGUGCAACGUUCUUUCAAAUGCAUAUGUCUUUUUUUCUAAUUCCAUUUUGUUUUAAAGCACAUUUUAAAUGUAGUUUUCUCAUUUAGUAAAAGUUGUCUAAUUGA